CCAACGUGGCCACCGAAACUCUAAGCAUCCUCUCAAAUGAUCGCAACAAAUUGCGACUGCAGACCGGAUCGAAAGUGAUUAAGGAAGUAUGUACACAUUUCUGUGAUGAAUCUCCACUGUAAACAACACGUGGCUCGAUCCUGUGCACUCAUUGGUACACUUUUCAGCACUUGGUAUGUACUAAGUAGAAAAGUGGCAUAAGGACCAUAAUUUCUGCGUUCAUAUUACUCCGAUCACUGUGUUUCAGGCAGUUCCGGCUCUAUUUCCGUCCCUAAAAAUGGUGCGACUAUCGGAGCCUCCGAUUGACAUGCAAAGACGAAGAAGCGAGCGUUUGGCCGCAAUCGAUGCUGCAAACAAUAAUGUCAGUGAAGGAAGCUCUGCUUCAUCUGUAGAAGAAAAUGGUGGUCAUCCAAUUUCAGGUUAUGGAGGGGUAGCAAAGAAGCAGAUGAAGAGCAAGAAUAUGGAAAAGAACAAAAUUGAAAAAAGGAAGGGUGGAGAAGAUUAUGUGCAGUUCCGUUGUAAUAUGAUGUCAUUUUUUAAUACGAUGCAGUGAGUUAAGAAACACUUAACAGAAAGGCACUUGGAGUUGCUUCAACAAACUCCGUUUUGGCCAUUAAUAUCGGCAUUUUACAGUGGCGUGAUUUUGGAAGAUCAGUGCAAGAAAUCAGACAAUGACGUCCGCACCAUCAUCAAGUGCUACAACUCCAGAACAAUGAGUUUUGAGUUUGGUAGCACGUCUGCAUCAUUGACAACCAAAGACAUUGCUGAAAUUUUGGGACUUCCAAAGGAAGGUGAAGAAGUACAGUUGAAAGGAACACAGAAGCACAUAUCAGAUUUUACCAAAAGGUAUUUCGAGGAAGAAACAAUAUUGUACAAAAAAUUAGUGGAUAAUGCUUUGGAAAAAGCGUUAAAGGGGAAGAGAGAAAUCGAUGUAGGGGAUGUUGUACGUCUGAUUGUACUAGAACUAUGCGGUACCUUCUUAUUAUGUACCACAAGCCACACCAUUUUCUGGAAUUUAGUCAAGUACUGUGAAGAUUUAGAAAAAAAUUCAAGAUAUUCAUGGGCAAAAGCAGUGGCUGACGUACUACACGAGGCAUUGGGAAAACAGACCAGGGGAUGCAAGCCAUGUUCUAUUCCUGGAUGUGUCAUUAUUAUAAUGGUAACUCACCUAUGCUACCGUAUAAUAACUUUCCUAAUGUAAGACUGCCUUCUUAUGUGAUUGUACUUGCUGUUUAUUUUCAUGCUAACAACUUUGGUUGUGUGAGAAAACUAACCUCAUACAACCAAUCAAUGGAAGGGAGGGACAUAAACCAGCUUUCAUAAAAUGGAGGGUGCGGGAACUGCACUCCAAACUGAAUGAAAUAGACGUCACAGACAUCGAGCUGAGCUUUAAGAAGGACAAGAAGAAGAAGAAUAAGAAUGACGAAAUGGAAAAGCCGCUUGAAGAAGCUAAAAUAGAUGGGCAAGAUUUAGAAGAAGGGGAAAAUGUGUUAGAUGAAACAGCAGCCUCGUCAGAAUGUGCAUUUCGAGCUCAAAAGACACAAUCAAAACUCCUUUCAGUUCGUACUAUUUCAAAAAGGUUGAUUGACAAAGAAGACUUGGAAAAAAGACGGGAAGAUUUAGGGGAAAUGAUUCAAAAUGCAAGUGCUGAAGGUGCAAAAGCUCAAGGCAAAGUGAAUAGGCUAACCGAAAAGUUGGAGAGUAAGAAUGACAAAAUAAAGAACUUGAAGAGGAAGCUAAAAGAAGAAAAUGAGGAGAAGAGAAAGAUGAGAGAGGACUAUGAGUUCUUAAUUGCUGAGCAGAAAUCAUUGCUUGAAUCUGUAAAAAGGUUCGUGAAAAAUCUGGAAGGGGCUCUUAAAGCCGAACGGGAGGAGGUGAAGAACCUUAAGAAAGACAAAAUGGAGAUGAUCAAGGAAAUUCAAGAACUCAAAGAUCAGCUGAAUGAAGGGAGUCCAUGCGCCGCAUUGCAAGACAUACAAUUUGAGGUGUGUCCGAAGCAAUUGUUUUUUACAAGUCUCGAUAAAAACAGAGGAAAUAGGGCAUCAGAUCCGGAGUUUGAGUAUGAACAAGAAGGAAAAAAGAAACGGAAAGUAAGGCAGUAAAAGAUGAAAGAGAUAUUGAACUAAACAUGGUAAAUACCAAUAUUAAACUAAAUAUGGUAAAUAUCAAAAAUAUAUAUGACAAUAUUUGAGAAUUUCUUAUAUAUUCAUUAA